AUGAAGUGGACCUCCUCGCUCCUCCUCUUACUGUCCGUGAUCGGUCAGGCUACUCAUGCCCUGACCCCAGCAGAAUGGCGCAGCCAGUCAAUCUACUUCCUGUUGACCGAUCGCUUUGGUCGAACGGACAAUUCCACAACUGCCGCUUGCGAUACCUCUGACAGAGUAUACUGCGGUGGUAGCUGGCAGGGAAUCAUCAACCAACUCGAUUACAUCCAAGGGAUGGGAUUCACUGCCAUCUGGAUCACCCCGGUCACUGGACAGUUCUACGAAAACACGGGCGACGGCACCUCUUACCAUGGAUACUGGCAGCAGGACAUCUACGAUCUCAACUACAACUACGGAACGGCCCAAGACCUCAAAAACCUAGCCAAUGCUUUGCACGAGCGCGGCAUGUAUUUGAUGGUUGAUGUGGUUGCCAACCACAUGGGCUAUGACGGAGCGGGAAACACCGUGGACUACAGUGUUUUCAACCCCUUCUCCUCCUCCUCCUACUUUCACCCAUACUGCCUCAUCUCCAAUUACGACAACCAGACCAAUGUUGAAGACUGCUGGCUGGGCGAUACCACCGUUUCGCUGCCAGAUCUCGACACGACAAGCACAGCCGUGCGGAACAUCUGGUACGACUGGGUGGCAGAUUUGGUCGCCAACUAUUCUAUCGACGGUCUGCGUGUCGACACUGUAAAACACGUCGAAAAAGACUUUUGGCCCGGCUAUAACAGCGCAGCAGGCGUCUACUGUGUCGGCGAGGUCUACUCAGGCGAUCCUGCAUACACAUGCCCGUACCAGAACUACAUGGACGGUGUGCUCAACUAUCCAAUUUACUACCAGCUUCUCUAUGCGUUUGAGUCGUCCAGCGGCAGCAUCAGCGAUCUCUACAACAUGAUCAGCUCCGUUGCCUCCAGCUGCAAGGAUCCCACACUCCUGGGGAACUUCAUCGAGAACCACGAUAACCCCCGCUUCGCUUCCUACACGAGCGACUACUCGCAGGCUAAGAACGUGAUCACCUUCAUCUUCCUGAGCGACGGUAUCCCCAUCGUCUACGCCGGACAGGAACAGCACUACAGCGGAGGCAGCGACCCAGCUAACCGCGAGGCCACCUGGCUGUCCGGAUACUCCACCAGCGCUACGCUGUACACCUGGAUCGCCACCACAAACCAGAUCCGCAGCCUGGCGAUCUCCAAGGACGCGGGAUACGUGCAGGCCAAGAACAACCCCUUCUACUCCGACUCCAACACCAUCGCCAUGCGCAAGGGCACGACAGCCGGCGCGCAAGUCAUCACCGUCCUCAGCAACAAGGGCGCCUCCGGCAGCUCCUACACUCUCUCUUUGAGUGGUACCGGCUACUCCGCCGGCGCGACCCUGGUCGAGACGUACACCUGCACCACGGUGACUGUAGACUCGAGCGGCAACCUGCCCGUCCCAAUGACAUCCGGCUUGCCGCGAGUGUUUGUCCCGUCGUCCUGGGUGAAUGGGAGCGCGCUUUGCAACACAGAAUGCACGGCCGCCACGUCCAUCUCUGUUCUCUUCGAGGAACUGGUUACGACGACCUACGGGGAGAACAUUUAUCUGAGCGGCUCGAUCAGCCAGCUGGGUAGUUGGAAUACGGCCUCGGCUGUUGCCCUGUCGGCGAGUCAAUAUACCUCGUCCAACCCGGAGUGGUAUGUGAGUGUGACCUUGCCUGUGGGCACGUCGUUCCAGUACAAGUUCAUCAAGAAGGGGUCGGACGGAAGUGUUGUGUGGGAGAGUGAUCCGAACCGGUCGUAUACCGUUCCGGCUGGGUGCGAGGGCGCGACGGUGACAGUUGCUGAUACUUGGAGGUGA